CUUAUAUCUGCUAUAUACUUCCUUAGCUUUUCCAUAAACACAAAGAGGAAAAGAAGUCAGGUUUCUUGUUAUGCAUUUGUUUUUCCUCUACCAUUAUUCUUCUCCUUUUCCUCUUAAGUUUUGAACACAAUUUUAGGAUCCUGUUCUUCCUUUCCUGAUGCAAGAAUCUUCUCCAUUUGUUUUAUCAAAUACCACUGGCUAAAAUGUCCCUUGCUUCCCAUAGGGACCCAUCUUGGUAUUUCUUUUGUCUUGACAUGCUUGCUUACUGUUGAGGGAGUAAGUCACCUGCUCUUCCUCCUCCUUUGUCUGUCCUUUUUCUUGUAAUUUAGUUCGAUGUUGUUUCUAUGUCAAAUAGUGAAUUGUGUAUGAAAAUCACAAUGCAAGUUGUGAAAUAGAGUUCAGGCCAAAAUAGCUCCUUUUGCUUGUGUUUGUUUUAUCAAUUUUGCUCCAUCCACACCUUGAGUUUAUCCUGUUCAUGGUAGUGCUGCUUUCACUCUUUACCUCAUGAGGAACUUCAAGGCUUUUGGUCAUGUCAUCAUUGCUCUCUUCAUCAUCUCUCUGAGUGCUUGGUGUCAUGGACAAGUAGAACUUGACAAAGCUCCUAUGGAGAAGGCUGAGAAAGAUGCUCUAUUCUCCACCAUUCAAGGUUUUGUUGGUAACUGGUGGAAUGGCUCAGAUCUCUAUCCAGAUCCUUGUGGUUGGACUCCUAUUGAGGGGGUUUCUUGUGAUCUGUUUGACGGAUUUUGGUAUGUUACUGUCUUGAACAUUGGACCAAUCUACGAGAAUUCUCUAAGUUGUGCCAAAAAUUUGGAGUUCAGACCACAUUUGUUUGAGCUGAAGCACCUCAAAACUCUAUCCCUAUUCAAAUGCUUUAGAUCACAACGCAGGCAUCAGGUUACAAUCCCCAAUGCAAACUGGGAAAAUCUGGCUGGCAGCUUAAGAUCACUUGAGUUUAGAUCAAACACAGGUCUCAUUGGAAAAAUCCCUUCAAGUUUUGGUGUCCUAAAGAAGCUUCAGUCCCUAGUACUGUUAGAAAAUGGUUUAACAGGUGAAAUUCCACCAGAGAUUGGCAACCUGAAAAAGUUGAAUCGGCUUGUCAUUGCAGAAAACUAUCUCAGUGGACACAUUCCAGAUAUUUUUACUGCACUGGGUGACUUGUUGAUACUUGAUUUGAGUAGAAACUCACUAUCCGGGUCUUUACCUUUAACACUUGGAUGCUUAACCUCCCUUUUGAAGCUUGAUGUUAGCAAUAACCAUUUGGAGGGGAAUUUGUUGAAAGAAUUUGCUUAUCUGAAGAAUCUGACCCUUUUGGACCUUGGGAAUAACAGAUUCUCUGGUGGGUUGACAUUGAGCAUUCAAGAGAUGCAUUCUUUGGAGGAAAUGGUUUUGUCCAACAAUGCAAUAGGUGGAGAUAUCAGGAUCCUGAAGUGGGAAAACCUUCAUAACUUGGUCAGUUUGGAUCUCUCUAACAUGGGCUUAAAUGGGGAAAUUCCUGAGUCUAUAAUACAAUUGAAGAGGUUGAGAUUUCUACGCCUCAGUGACAACAACCUCACAGGCAACCUUUCACCAAAACUAUCAACUCUUCCUUCUCUCAAUGCACUCUAUGUUAGUGGUAACAAUCUUGCAGGAGAGCUUAAAUUCUCUAUGGAGUUUUAUGGAAAAAUGGGAACACGUUUUGGAGCCUGGAACAACCCCAACCUUUGUUGCCCUCUUGGAGCAAUUGCAACAAGUAAUGUUCCAUUUGGGGUAAAACCAUGCCAGCAGCAGAUCAAAUUGGUAGAAUCUAACACAAAUGGUAGUGAUGUUAACAAGACUUUCUAUUCAAUAGCCUCUUUGUGCCAUGCUCCUAAUCACUUCUGGUGGACUUUUCCAUUCAUCAUGAUUCUCUUCCUAAAUUCUUAUAUAAUAGGUCUUUAAUCAAGAUAGUAGUUCAAAUUUGACUUUAACUUCAUAGGGAUAUUAGUUACAGCAACCUGUAUUGUAGUACUUCUGUAUUUUGUUACGACACAAGUUGACACUGUUUUUUCCAUCUUCUUGUUGGCUUCAUCUUACCAUAUA